AUGCUGGGCGCGCGCGGGCCCCGCCGGGGCGCCGGGCCGCUGGCCGCCGCGCUGGGCCUCGGGCGGGGCGCGUGCUCGGGGCGCGCGCGGGGCUGGCGGCGGCCCGCGGGCCACGACACGGGCGUGCGGGUGCACAACAGCCUCACGGGCCGGCGGGAGCCGCUGGUGGUGGCCCGCGCCGACGCCGUCUCCUGGUACAGCUGUGGGCCGACCGUGUACGACCGCGCACACCUCGGCCACGCUUGCUCAUAUGUGAGGUUUGAUAUAAUUCGAAGGAUCCUGACCAAGGUGUUUGGAUGCAAUGUGGUCAUGGUGAUGGGUAUUACAGAUGUGGAUGACAAAAUAAUCAAAAGGGCUCAUGAGAUGAACGUGUCACCCGCUUCGCUUGCCAGCUUUUUUGAAGAAGAUUUUAAGCAAGACAUGGCGGCCCUGAAGGUCCUCCCUCCCAUAGUGUACUUGAGAGUCACUGAACAUAUUCCUCAGAUCGUGUCCUUCAUCGAGGGCAUAAUUGCUCGGGGACAUGCUUAUCCAACAGCCCAAGGCAAUGUCUACUUUGAUCUGCGCUCAAGAGGGGACAAGUAUGGCAAGCUGGUCAGCGUGACACCCGGCGCAACUGGAGAGCCAGGAGAGUCUGACAAGCGACAUGCCAGUGACUUCGCUCUGUGGAAGGCAGCCAAACCCGGGGAGGUGUUCUGGGCCUCACCCUGGGGGGACGGAAGGCCCGGCUGGCACAUUGAAUGUUCCGCCAUGGCCAGCGAGGUGUUUGGAAGCCAGCUCGAUCUUCACACGGGAGGCAUAGACUUAGCUUUCCCACAUCAUGAAAACGAAAUCGCACAGUGUGAGGCCUUCCACCAGUGUCCGCAGUGGGGAAAUUAUUUUCUACAUUCUGGUCAUUUGCAUGUGAAGGGCAAAGAGGAAAAAAUGUCCAAAUCCUUGAAGAACUACGUCACCAUUAAGGACUUCCUGCAGACCUUCUCCCCGGAAGUCUUCCGGCUUUUCUGCAUGCGCACCAGCUACCGGUCAGCCAUUGAUUACAGUGACAGCACCCUGCUGGAAGCCAAGCACGUCCUGAUGGGGCUGACUUCUUUUGUGCAGGAUGCACGAGCCUAUGUGAAGGGGCAGCUGGCCUGUGGCCCUGUCAAGGAAGAGGUGCUGUGGGAGAGGCUCACCAGCACUGAGGCGGCUGUACGGGCUGCCCUUGCCGACGACUUCAACACCGCCAGGGCAGUGGGUGCCAUCCUGGACCUUGUGCACCUCGGGAACACACAACUCCGGGCAGUUAGUAAGGAAACUGGUGGCCCAAGGAGUCCUGCUGUAUUUGGUGCCAUCGUCUCCUAUGUUGAGCAGUUUUUUGAGACCGUUGGGAUCUCUUUGGCAAAUCAACAGUGUGUUUCAGGGGAUGGCAGCACAGCCACCCUGCGGAGCGUGGUGGACGAGCUGGUGCGCUUCCGGAUGAAGGUCCGCCAAUUUGCAUUGGCUACUUCCCCGGAGGCCACUGGGGAGGCCCAGCGGCAGCAGCUCCGGGACAGGCAGCCCUUGCUGGAGGCAUGCGAUGCCCUUCGCCAGGAUCUCGCCACUCAUGGCAUCAACAUUAAGGACAGAGGCAGUACAACCUCCACGUGGGAAGUGCUGGACCCAGGGACAAAGCGGUAGCAGUGAGGGAGCCGCGGAGCCAGCCUGCUGUGUCUGCGAUAUGAACUUUAUAUAUAUUAACGAUCCAGCCCUGUCCCGCUGGUGCCUGAGCAUAAGUGUCUGAAGUUACUUUAGUACCAGCAAUGACCAGCCUCAAUGCUGACUUCUGUAAGCACCUGUCAGCCGUCCAGGACUGUUCUUAGGCACUGUAGGAACAGCUGGCCCCCGUGGUACGCUGCUUCACUGACCUCCAAACACCUGUACGCUGCUGUUCGGGCCCAGGGGAGCUCCUGGUCCAAAAUGCCUUGCCUGGAGCUGGUGGACGUGUAUGCCUUCACAUUAAAGCAAACAAGGCCUGACUGCCCAGAUGUUCAUCCCA